AUGUUUAUUGAUGUGUCGACGAGUAUAGGAGUAGUGAGGGGUCGGACACUACAUGUGUUGGACACAAAUGUGGAUCAGUUUGUGGGCAUUCCAUACGCCGAACCCCCGGUCGGCAAACUUAGGUUCGCAAAACCCGAACCCAUUAUAAAGCCAUUCCCCGAUAUAAUUGACGCAACAAAAUCUAAAAAUUCAUGCUUACAAACACAUCCAUUUCCUAUCAGUCCGGACUCACCCUUCAGUGAGGACUGUCUGGUGCUUAACAUAUGGACAACAAAUACCACAGCAUUAAAGCCAGUGAUGUUUUGGAUACACGGAGGGGCUCUCACUUUUGGCUCAAUAUUUCAAGAUUGGUAUAACGGGAGCGCUUUGGCCACCAAUGGUGUGGUGGUCGUGUCCACUAAUUAUAGGUUAGGACAGUUGGGCUUUCUAUACGGGGAUCGGGAGGACGCGCCCGGAAAUGUCGGCUUUUAUGACCAGUUAUUGGCUCUCAAAUGGGUUAGAGAAAACAUUCACUCAUUUGGCGGAGAUAGGGAUCAGAUCACCAUUUUUGGCCAAAGCGCCGGCAGUUGGUCCUUAUCGGCACACAUAUUGUCUCCGCUUUCAAAGGGUCUGUUCCGGAGGGCUAUUAUGGAGAGCGCGGCCUUUAUCUACAAUAAGGAUAGGGAAGUACUGAACAAAACUGAGGCCAUAUCUAAUGGCAAAGCAAUAGCGAAACAAUUGAAAUGCAAUGAAACCGAGGAUUGGAUACAAUGUCUGCGAAGAGCGGACGCCAGAGAUAUACUUAAAUACGAGCCGUCGAUAAUCGCAAACCCGGUGUUUGGCACAGAAUUUCUUCCUAUUCGUGCUCAACAGGCUUUCACUGAUAAAAAGUUUAAUAAAGAUAUUGAUAUAAUGGCCGGAAUCACCGGAGAUGAGGGUGCAUUAUUUAUCAUGGGUAUAAUCAAUGACCCGGCUCACAUGACACUCAACGACUUUAACCAAGGGCUAAAAACACUCGAUUAUAUGGGAUAUCAUAACAUCGAUGUCAAUAGAGUAACGGAAUAUUACCUAAAAGGUGUCAACACUAGUAGUCCGGCGGCACUGUUCUCGGCAUUUAGCGCAUUGGGAGGCGAUAUGUUUCUCACGUGUCCGACAUAUCUGUUCGCCAAACGGUUCGCACAAACUGUCAAAGAGUCGCAAAGGGUUUACUUUUACGAGUUGUUGUAUAAAAGCGAGUGGUUUGCUAAACAGGCUAAUUGCAGUGCGACCAUGGGCGUUUGUCACUCAAUGGAGAUACCCUUUGUGUUUGGUUUACCACAUAUUUAUCCCGACAAUUAUACCCCCGAAGACCUGUUUUAUAGUAAUGUUGUGAUGAAAUUGUGGACACAGUUUGCUAAAUACGGUCAUAUGGACUCUGAUUGGCCGCAACUGUUAAGCGAUGACCCGAGCGGUGCGCCCAAAGUCCACGGUUUGGACCCAAAGGACUUACGGCUUGUACUCAAUGACCCGUUUCAUGAAACUUGUGAUGGCGUGUGGGCUCACUAUUUCCUAUGA